GGAACCGGAGCACGCCGCCGCUGUUUGCCAGAGUCCGGAGGAGCUGGACGCCGCAGGAUAGCCGCUGCUCUACCGCCGAGUUGCUGAAGUCUUCUUUGAGUAUUUGAUUAGUUUAAUUCGCCAAUUAAUUGAGGUAACAGGAAUGAUGAAUAAAGGACUAUUCUGGAGGCAGCGAGGGCAAAGAGAUGGAUGGAUGCUAGCUGGAGGAGUUUAUUAUUUAAUAUUUAAGUUUGAAUUAUUAUAUUAUUAAGGGCAAGAACCCAAGACAUGAAUUUCAGGUCUUUCACCAUCCCGAAGAAGAAGACCGGUGGCCCUUCCUCUGCUGCCCCCAAAACCGUACCGGUCCAACAGGAACCGGUGGAGAUCCAUUCUGAUGAGGGGUCUCCUCUGACCGGGAAGACCGGUCAGACCGGGAGGACCACGGUAAACCCUCCCCUGGACAAGGGGAAGGGAAAAAUGGGCGAGGUUGGGCCUGAUGCCCUGGAGCAGCUCGCCAAUGAUUCUCCUUCCCGGUCAUCCCAAUUGGAGGAAAAGCUGAAGAGGUCCGAAGCACACAACCGGGAGCUUCAGGAUCUAACAAUCCGCCAGCUUGAGGAGAUGGACAAUCUCUCUAGGAUGGCCGGAGCAACUCAGGCUGAAAUCCUCCGAUUGAAGGAGGAGAACCUAAAGCUGAUGGAGGAUUUGGACUCCAAGGAGCUAGAGUUUCCCGACAGGGCCAAGCAAUGGGUGGGGGAGAACUUGGAGGAGACGACCCGGGUGAUUACAUCUAUUCCGGAGGUGACGAUGGAGGCCUUCAAGUUCAUCUACCGGGAACCCAACGGGAAGGAAAUGGUCACCCAGGUUGGGUCCUAUGGUUUCAUGUCCGGGCAGAAACGAGACCUGGAGGCUACACAUGCAAUCUUGGCUGAGCAGGACUCAGCCUUCUCUGCCGAUGCUUAUGGCCUGGCCCCUAUCCCCGAUGAAGAACCCGAGCCCCCUUUCCCCUUGGAAUGAAAUCUCCCCGGUUGAAUCGUUUUGUAAAAUUUCAAACUCAUUUCCCCAGGAAUGCCCGGUGUAGCUGUAAAACACUUAACUUUCUCAAAUUUUUAUUGAAUGCAAUGUUUGAUUUCCAUACCGGUUGAUCUUGCUUCUUGAUCGAUAUUUUCAUUUUUCUCCUUAGAAUGUCUUCGUAAAAACUCUGACCAGCUACACUUUCCU